AUGGAGCAGGUGCUGGGUGCCAUUGAAGUUGCCUUGGCAUCAGCGUUCAAGAAGGACAAUCCUGCCUCGGGGCAGAACAUAUCAGUUACGCUAAAUCCCAAUAGCGGCGAAGUCAGCGUAUACGCGUUGAAGACAGUCGUGGAGAGUGUUGAGGACGACGAGCGGGAGAUCACGCUCUUAGACGCCUCCAAAAUCAGGAGAGACGUGGCAAUCGGCGACGAAGUGGCUGCCGCCGAGCCCCUGCCUCACAACGCCAGCCGCAUCGCCGCUCAAACGGCCAAACAGGUGGUUCUCCAGCGUCUCAGGGAGGCCGAGCGGGAGCUGCUGUUCCAGGAAUUCGCCCAGCACGAGGGCGACAUUAUGUCGGGUAUCGUCGAAACCUCUGAUCCGGGACGAACCAUCACUCUCGACCUGGGCAGGGCGCAGGCGAUUCUACCUCACGACGAGCAGGUUAACUCGGAGCGCUACCGCAAGGGCCAGCGGGUGAAGGUGUUCAUCCUGAGCGUCCGAAGCGCCCCCAAGGGGCCGGAAAUCCUGUGCCGGAGGGUCCACAACGGCGUGGUCGAGAUCAAGGCCAUCGCCCGCGAGGCUGGCUUCCGCAGCAAGGUCGCCGUGAGCGCUACCCAGCCCGGCAUUGACCCUGUGGGGUCAUGCAUAGGCAUUCGCGGUAAUCGCAUCCAGAGCAUAGUCAACGAGUUGCAGGGAGAAAAAAUCGACAUCGUCUCCUGGGAUCCCGAUCCCAAGGCUUUCAUUGCCAAGUCUUUGAGCCCUUCAGAGCCAGUCCAAGUGGAACUCUUGGAUUCCGAACAGACCGCGGUAGUAGUGGUUCCCGAUCGGCAGUUGUCCCUUGCCAUCGGCAAGGAAGGGCAGAACACACGCCUUGCCGCCCGGCUUACCGGAUGGCGGCUGGACAUCAAGGGCAUGACUGAAUGGGAGGGAAUCCGGGAGGCGCGGCUUCAUGCCGCUGCCGAGGCUGCGGCCAAGGCCGCCCAAGAAGCCGCAUCGCUGCCUGCCGCCCAGGCGGAGGCAGUGGCCGAGGCCACCGAGAUACUCAAAGUUGAGGAGCCGGCUGAAGCUGCCGUCGUGGCCGAGGCAGAGGCCAUAGUACAGGGAGUGUCAGAGGCGCUGGAUACAGAGGCCGAACUAGCACAAACCGCGGCCGAGCCGCAGGCAGUGGCUGAUGUCGCGGAGAACGAUAUCGAUAAGGACGGUAUCCUCGAAGCCCUGAUACUUGAGGAAGAACUUCUCCAGCAGGCCGAGGUCGAGACCGUACCUGCACAGGGCGACAGCGAGGUGGGCAUCAGCGUUGACGACCUCGACUCUUUUCACCCUCGACCAUAUGCCCGUCGUUGA